ACCCCCGCAAUCAAUGUUAGAGUGCGCGUCCGACGUGGCAUGUUUUUUUUUAGGGUCCAGUCCAAUUCUUCUUCUUCUUCUUCUUCUUCUUCGAGUGCUUUCCCCCCUUUUUGCUUUGCUUAGAGGAGAAAAAUGGAAAUGGCCAAAUGGGUUAGCUGAGAAUAGAGAGAAAGAGAGAGAGAAACGAACCCACAAGUUGCAGAAGCAGAGGAUGAUGGAGUGGCAGAACCAGAACCAGCAGCAACAGAACCAAACUGAGCAAUUGCAAAUGCAAAUGCAGGUGGAGCAAUUGAGCAACGCCGAUGGAGUUAGUGGCCUCUAUGUCAAGGUGAUGACCGAUGAGCAAAUGGAGCUUCUCAGGCAGCAGAUCUCUGUCUAUGCUUCCAUUUGUGAGCAGCUUGUCGAGAUGCACAAGGCAAUCACCGCCCAGCAGGACCUUGCGGGAAUGAGGCUUGGGAAUCUUUACUGUGAUCCAAUAAUGGCAUCUGCUGCUGGUCACAAGAUAACUGCCAGGCAGAGGUGGACGCCUACGCCUGUGCAGCUUCAAAUUCUUGAGCAGAUCUUUGAUGAGGGCAAUGGAACCCCAAGCAAGCAGAAGAUCAAGGAUAUAACUCUACAGCUGACACAACAUGGUCAAAUUUCAGAAGCAAACGUUUAUAAUUGGUUUCAGAACAGAAGGGCUCGUUCAAAAAGAAAGCAAGCAAAUUCAGUACCAAGUAAUGCAGACUCAGAACCAGAGACAGAAGUUGAUUCUCCAAAGGAGAAAAAGACUAAACCAGAAACCUUCCAAACUUACGAACACUUCGUUCCGAAGUCAGGCAACAUAUACUCUCAGAGAACUGAUUUAAGUACUGAAAUACAUUCCUUUGACGUACAGUCGAAUAAAGGGGAGCCCAUGUUUCAGUCUUUCGGAUCUGGUCAUAUCAGUCAGAUGACUCCAAUACAGAAUCAUAGAAAUAAUCUGUCGAAUGAUAAAAUGAACGUGCCAGAUUACUCUCCUUACACUCCUUGUGAAGGAUAUCACUUGGUCGAGUGAUGCUUCUAUCAUUCCGCUGAUGUGCUUGUCUGCUUGUCCUGAAGCUCAUCCUGGAGGAAUGUGCACUGACAUAGUAAAUAUUAUACUGCAUGUAAAAGGAAUUCAAAUUUUGAAAAUGCUUGUAAGGCAUUUUAUAUACGUGGUUAUGAAUUAUAUAGCUUACUGUACUGCUUUAAACCAAUUUUUGAAGGAUUUGAUUAAAUACGUUAUUACUUUUUGGUACAAAA